ACUCAGUAGAGGCUGCUUACCUAGCUUGUAUUCUUAUUCUUUUCCUUCCUUCUUCUUUGCUCGAUACGCACAGUCCAAACACAAUGCCACCGCCGAACACCCCCGCAUCGGCAUCGGGCUCAGACGAUGCCCCCGCAGGCUCAGUGAACAUUACGUCCCUCCCCGUCCCGCAACUGCGCAGCCUGCAAUCGCGCCUCACCACCGAGCUCGAGCACCUUACCACAUCACACGCGAAGCUGCGUGCAGCGCAGUCCAAGUUCCGGGACUGCGUGCGAUCUAUAAACGACGGGGUUAUCGGUUCGGAAAAGAAGGAAACACAGGGGAGAGACGAUAUCCUGGUCCCGUUGACGAGCUCGCUCUACGUCAAGGGAAAGCUUACAGAUCGGGAGAAGGUGCUUGUCGAUGUUGGAACGGGAUUCUACGUUGAGAAGACUACCGCUAAAGCAAUCGAUUUCUAUAAUGGCAAAGUGAAGGACUUGGAAGCCAACCUGCAGGACCUUGAGAAGAUUGUCCAGGGUAAGAGUACGCACUUGAGAGUCGUCGAAGACGUUCUGAGACAAAAAGUGUUGAGUGGAGAGGCUGCUGCCACUGCGGCUGGUUGAAGUGGAAUCACUUGUGAAGAGUGAUUUUCUUUUUAGAAAUAUAUGGAAAAAAUACUUCAAUUCUAUUGUGACCCCCUUUUACCUUGCUCCAGGCCAGUGACUUGAAGUAGAGAUACUAUUUCCUGUGGAUGUGGAUCUACGAUUUCCGGUUUGUUGCCGCUAUUAAAAUAGGGGAAGAUGGGAAUAAAGAUGGCUCUAAAGAUUUUUGAAUGGUCUAAUUUAAUGCUUUGCUAUAUGGUAGGCUUGAAAAUGUCGAUGAAAAAC